AUGAAGAUCACUCAGUCCUUCGCAUACAGCGGAAUCGCCGCGCUUUCUCUCUUCUUCAAUCGAGGAGCUGCGCUUGACCCCAAUUGCGCACCAGGCGGCAACUUCGACCUCUCCAAAUGGACCCUUCAGCUGCCCACCGGCUCUCCGGGCAAGCCAGAUAGCAUCUCGGGCUCGAAGCUGCAAGGUUGCAACGGCUACACCAGCGAUGUGUUCCUCACGGACAAGAGCACCGGCGCCAUGGUCAUGAAAGUUUCCGGGUCACCGUCAUCAACUGGCUGUGUUACUACCCCAAACAGCAAGCACUGCCGGACCGAGUUGCGCGAGUCGAACCCGCGCAGCUUCGACCCCACGAGCUCUGUCAACCGCCUCGCCGCCGAUGUCAAAGUGACCAAACACGGCGGUGAGAUCUGCAUCGGCCAGAUCCACAUUGACGACUCCAUCUCGACCAAGCCGGUUGCGGAGCUCUAUUAUAACUCGAAGGGCGACUUGAACAUGGGCGUCCAGCAGUGCCGCACUUGCACCCAAAAGAGGACGUAUAUCGACAACGUACCCAGUGGCCAGCGUCUCACCUAUGAAAUCCGCUACGAAGGCGGCAAGCUUUCCGUAAAUAUAAACGGAAAGGGGUUCAAAACUCUCUCGACGUACGACCUUAAUAACCCGAAGAGCUACUUCAAGGCAGGCAACUACAACCAGGGUGAAGGGGCAACAGAGAUUCAGUUCUUCAAGCUCACGACGACUCAUGGAUAG